AUGGCUGCCGAGGCUGCCUUCAGACAAGCCGAUCUUAACAAAGAUGGACGUGUCGAUCUCGGUGAAUUCCGUAACUUUCUUGGUCAAAAUCUUGGUGUUGGUGCUGGUGCGGGUGCUAGCUACGGUGCUAGUUCAUCAUGGGAAUCAGCAUCAUUAGGUGGUGGUGCUGGUUUCGCUGCUGGUGCUGGUGCUUCAGGCUAUGAAUCAGCAGCAUUUGAAUCAUCUGCGUCAGGCGCUGAUUUUGGUGCAGGUUAUGAUGCAUCAUACGCAGUUGGUGGUGGUCUUGCCGGCGGUGCCGCUAGUUACGAAUCAAGCGCUGCAUAUGCUGGUGAUGCUGCUCUCGUUGCUGGUGGAGCAGCCUUUGAUUCAUCAGCCACUCAAGUUCAAUAUGCUGCUGAUUCUCAAGGUCUCUACCAAGAUCCAAACCCACAAAUCAUUCGUCGUCCAGCUCCUACUGGUGUACAAACAUACACACAACAUGUUCAAGUUCGCUUCCUUCAACCACCACCAGUUCCACCCCCAGGCCCACUCAUCAUCAAAGAAGUGCGCCCACCUCAACCACCUCCACCUCCACCUCUUCGCCUUCGUUACCGAGCUUUACCUCUUCCUCCACCACCCCCACUUAUUCUUCGUGAACGACCACCAUUCCCACCACCAGUAAUUCCUUCUCAAACUGUCGUCCGUCCAUUACCUCCUUUACCAGUUCCACCACGAUCAGUCAUCAUCGAACGUCUUCCUGCUCCCCCACCGCGCCCACGUGAUGUCAUUAUUGAACGUUGGAUUCCGUAUGGACCUCAACCAAGACGACGUACUAUUCUUCAACGUACUCCUGCUCCUCCUCCAUACCCAGCUCCACGGAAUGUUAUCGUUCAAUAUGAAGCAGCUCCAGUUCGCGUUAUUCGUCAAUUCCAUCGCCUUGGUGUUGUUGCAGCUAGCCCAACUGUUUACAUCCAAACAUAUGGUGCUCAGCUGCUUGAUGGUGCUUCACUCGUUGCACAAGCUCGUGCUGCUGGUGUUGUUGAAGAUAUCUCAGCCCCAGCUGGUAUAACUGUUGGUUACGGAGGUGGCACAUACGGUGAACAAUCAUUUGGUGUCUCAUUAGGUGCGGAAGGUGGUUCUGACUUUAUUGCUGGAGGUGCUGAAGCUGUUGGUGGUGGUCUUGCUUUUGGUGGUGGACUCGGUUCAUCAUCAUUAUACGAAUCAUCAAGCUUCUCAUCAGGUGGUGCUGGUGGUUGGGAAGGAGGUCUCGUUGGUGGUGGUUAUGGAGCGUCAUCAAGCGUCUCAUCUGGCGCCGUUGCUGGAGUUGAUGCUGCUUUUCUUGCUGCCGAUACUAAUCUUGAUGGUACUCUUGAUCAAGGAGAAUUCCGUCAAUUUCUUGGUAAAUAUUUGUUCAAAUGA